AUAGCUGCCACUGCUAGCUGUAGCCGAGCGCUGUGAUGCAGCAGAUAACCAAGCUAACACUGACCCCAAAAGGUCUGCUUUUAUAAAGUGGGGCACUUUGGACUGGUCUACUUGCUGGACUGAUGGCUCCAGAGUGACACGCCAUGACGCUGAUGAUCCCCCCAGUUAAACUCAAAUGGCUGGAGCACCUGAACAGCUCGUGGAUCACGGAGGACAGCGAGUCCAUCGCCACGCGGGACGGGGUGUCGCUGCUCUACUCCAAGCUGCUGGCCAACAAAGAGGUGGUGCUGCUCCCCCAGCAGGUGCUGUGCCUGAAGGGCCCCCAGCUGCCGGACUUUGAGCGGGACUCCCUCUCCAGCGAUGAGCAGGAGCACUACCUGGACGCCCUGCUCAGCAGCCAGCUGGCCUUGGCCAAGAUGGUCUGCUCUGACUCUCCGUUCGCCGCCGCGCUGCGGAAACGCGUGCUGGUGCUGCAGCGCAUCUUCUACGCUCUCUCCAACAAGUACCACGACAAAGGCAAGGUGAAGCAGCAGCAGCACUCCCCAGAGAGCACCUCGGGUUCGGCUGACCUGCACUCUGUCAGCGAGCGCCCGCGCUCCAGCACCGAUGCCCUCAUCGAGAUGGGCGUCCGCACGGGCCUCAGCCUGCUGUUCGCGCUGCUGCGCCAGAGCUGGAUGAUGCCACCUCCCCCAGGCGGCGGAGCCAGCAUCAAUCUUUGUAAUGAUGUGAUCCAUACGGCCAUCGACGUGGUCAGCUCGCUGCCGCCGCUGUCUCUGGCCAACGAGAGCAAGAUCCCUCCCAUGGGUCUGGACUGCCUGGCCCAGGUCACCACCUUCCUGAAGGGCGUGACCAUGCCCAACUCCGGGGCGGACAUCUUAGGCCGCCGCCUGGCCUCGGAGCUGCUGCUGGGCCUGGCGUCCCAGAGGGGUUCCCUGCGAUACCUGCUGGACUGGAUAGAGAUGGCGCUGGCCGCGUCGGCUGUGGUGAGCAGCAUGGAGGAGGGCGCGCUGCUGCAGAGCCAGGAGGGCCUGAUGGGAUACGACUGCUUCAUGAACAUCCUGAUGCAGAUGAGGCGCUCCCUGGGCUCCACAGGAGAUCGCAGCCAGUGGAGGGAACCCACGAGGACCCCCGAUGGCCUCUGCUCCUUAUACGAAGCGGCGCUCUGCCUGUUCGAGGAGGUGUGUCGGAUGGCAUCAGACUACUCUCGCACCUGCGUCAGCCCUGACAGCAUCCAGACGGGCGAGGCUCCGGUGGUCUCAGAGACCUGCGAGGUGUAUGUAUGGGGCAGCAACAGCAGCCACCAGCUGGUGGAGGGAACGCAGGAGAAGAUCCUGCAGCCCAAGCUGGCUGCCAGCUUCGCCGAUGCUCAGACGAUCGAGGCGGGUCAGUACUGCACGUUUGUGAUUUCCUCCGACGGGUCCGUCCGAGCCUGCGGGAAAGGUAGCUACGGCCGCCUGGGCCUCGGAGACUCAAACAAUCAGUCGACGCUCAAGAAGCUGACCUUUGAACCCCACCGAGCCAUCAAGAAAGUGUCCUCGUCUAAGGGCUCGGACGGACACACCCUGGCCUUCACCACGGAGGGCGAGGUGUUCAGCUGGGGCGACGGCGACUACGGAAAACUGGGACAUGGGAACAGCUCGACUCAGAAAUAUCCAAAACUCAUCCAGGGGCCUCUGCAGGGGAAGGUGGUAGUGUGUGUGUCUGCUGGCUACAGACACAGUGCUGCCGUCAGUGAGGAUGGGGAGCUCUACACCUGGGGGGAGGGAGAUUUUGGCAGGCUAGGCCACGGGGACAGCAACAGCCGCAACAUCCCCACUCUGGUCAAAGACAUCAGCAACGUUGGAGAGGUGUCCUGUGGAAGCUCCCACACCAUCGCCCUGUCUAAAGAUGGACGCACCGUUUGGUCCUUUGGAGGAGGCGACAAUGGAAAACUGGGACAUGGAGAUACCAACAGAGUCUACAAGCCCAAAGUGGUGGAGGCCCUGCAGGGGAUGUUCAUCAGGAAAGUUUGUGCAGGAAGUCAGUCGUCUCUGGCGCUCACCUCCACCGGACAGGUCUACGCUUGGGGUUGCGGCGCCUGUCUGGGCUGCGGUUCGUCUGAAGCCACGUCCCUCAGGCCUAAAAUGAUAGAGGAGCUGGCUACGACCAGAGUGGUGGACAUCUCCAUCGGGGACAGCCACUGCCUGGCCCUCUCUCAUGACAACGAGGUCUAUGCGUGGGGAAAUAAUUCCAUGGGCCAGUGUGGCCAGGGCAACUCCACUGGCCCCAUUACUAAACCCAAGAGGGUGGUCGGCCUGGACGGGGUGGCCAUCCAGCAGAUCUCUGCAGGGACGUCCCACAGCCUGGCCUGGACCGCUCUGCCCAGAGACAGGCAGGUGGUGGCCUGGCAUCGGCCGUACUGCGUGGACCUGGAGGAAAGCACCUUCUCUCAUCUGCGCUCCUUCUUGGAACGGUACUGUGACGGCAUCAACAGCGAGGUUCCCCCGCUGCCCUUUCCCUCGUCCAGGGAGCAUCAUAACUUCCUCAAACUGUGCCUCCGGCUUUUAUCCAAUCACCUGGCUCUGGCUCUGGCUGGGGGCGUGGCCACGAGCAUCUUGGGUCGGCAGGCCAGGCCACUGAGGAACCUUCUCUUUAGGCUGAUGGACGCCUCGGUGCCGGAUGAGAUCCAGGAGGCCGUCAUCGAGACGCUGUCUGUGGGGGCCACCAUGCUGCUGCCCCCGCUGAGAGAGAGGAUGGAGCUGCUUCACUCCCUGCUGCCUCAGGGCCCCGACAGAUGGGAGAGUCUCUCUAAAGGACAGAGGAUGCAGCUGGACAUCAUCCUGACCAGCCUCCAGGACCACACCCACGUAGCCUCGCUGCUCGGCUACAGCUCCCCGGCAGAUGGUCCUGAUGCUCUGUCCUCCGGCCCCACCUUCGCAGGGUACCCCGAGCCCAGCUACGGCACCACGGGGGCCCCCCCAGACACCCACCUGGCAGAGAUCCUGAUGAAGACGCUGCUCAGGAACCUGGGCUUUUACACCGACCAGGCUUUGGGCGAGCUGGAGAAGAACAGCGAUAAGCUGCAGCAGCGCACCUCGUCAUCAGACAGCAGCCAGCCGGCUCACCUCCACCAGCUGCUCUGCUCUCUGCAGAAGCAGCUCCUGGCCUACUGUCACAUCAACGCCGUCACAGAGAACUCCAGCAGCGUGGCUUUGCUCCACAAGCACCUGCAGCUCCUGCUGCCUCACGCCACCGAUAUCUUCUCGCGCUCCGCUGCCCUGCUGAAGGAGAGCUCCUGGAAUGGCAGCAUUCGAGAGAAGCUCCAAGAUGUGAUCUUCGUGUCAGCGGCGGGCAGCAUGCUGUGUCAGAUCAUCAACUCGCUGCUGCUGCUCCCGGUUCCGGUGGUGAGGCCGCUGCUGAGCCACCUGCUGGACCUGCUGCCGCCGCUGGACCGACUCAACAGGCUGCUGCCGGCUGCGUCUCCGCUGGAGGACCAGGAGCUGCAGUGGCCUCUUCACGGUACGUCGGAUGUGGCCGAGCCGGCCGCAGGAGCGUCGCUGCCGGCGCCAGCGCUGUCCUGGGUGUGGCUGGUGGACCUGGAGCGGACCGUGGCCCUGCUGGUGGGCCGCUGCUUAGGCGGGAUGCUGCAGGGCGCUCCCACCUCGCUGGAGGAGCAGGACACCGCCUACUGGCUCAAAACGCCGCUGUUCAGCAACGGCUUGGAGAUGGACACUGCUCAGCUGGAUUCCUGCAUCAGCUCCAUGCUGGAGGCGGCGCUCUCAGGGAACGAGGAGCAGAAGCCGAUGGACUGCCCUCUGCAACCGGACCUCGGCGUUCUGGUGGACCUGGCUCUUGGUUCCUCCAAAGAACCAGCCAACAGUCUGUGGAUCAACAUGCAGGACUAUGCCCUGAGUAAAGACUGGGACAACGCGUCCCUGAAUAAUGAGUCCCUGCUGGACACCGUCUCAAGGUUUGUGUUGGCAGCUCUGCUGAAGCAUACGGGGCUGCUGGGCCCAGCCUGCGGCGAGGGAAGGUACCAACCGUCCAAGUCUCUGGCAGAGGUCUAUCGCAGCGUCUAUAAAGUACGGAACCGCCUGCUGGCCUGUAAGAACCUGGACUUCAUCCAGACCAGGUCUUCGUCUCGGGAGAGACGGAUUUCAGACAACCAGGACUCUCUGGACAUGGACCCCCAGGAGCACUCGUUCACCCGCACCAUUGAUGAGGAGGCGGAGCUGGAGGAGAGGGCCGACCGUGAGAGAGAAGAGGGACACCAGGAUCAGGACGAGGAGGAGGAGGACCGGGAUCACGAAGUGAUGACGGCUGGAAAAAUCUUUCAAUGUUUCCUCUCAGCACGGGAGGUAGCUCGCAGUCGGGACAGAGAGCGGGCCAGCAGCAGUACGGGCCUUGGAUCUGGCUCGGGAUCUGGGUCCCGGAGCGGAGCGGCAGCAUCGGGAGGAGGAGAGGAGGAGGUCGCUCUGUCGCAGGAGGAGAGGCGGGGCAGCGGGGGUCUCCCGGAAGGCCAGGAUGUCUACACCGCCGCCUGCAACUCCGUGAUCCACCGCUGCGCCCUGCUGCUGCUGGGGGUCAGCCCGGUUCUGAGCGAGCUGAGCAAACAGAACCAGGAGGAGGGCCUGGCUCAGUCCGCCACAGGAACACAGGAAUGUCUGGGCUUCAUGACCAGGAGCGAGAGUCUGAGUGCAGAGAGCCGCUCUGUGCAGAACAGCCCCGGCUACCGCCUCAUGAAGUCCAGGAGCGAGUCGGAUCUGUCCCAACCAGAGUCUGAUGAGGAGAGCUACAGCCUGAGCGGACGAAGGAACGUGGACCUGGACCUGGCCUUCUCUCAUAAGAAGCGAGGAAUACUCCACAGCUCUCCCGACUCCCUGGCCGAGUCCUGGUUCAGGUCUAAGCUCAGCCACCAGCGCAGCUACGGCUCGGCCCACUCGUACGAAGAGUCGGACCUGGACCUGAACCGCUCCCUGGGGAUCCACGCUCUCAUCGACAACAUGGUCAGCUUCAUCAGCGGCGACGUGGGCCUGGCUCCGGCCUUCAAGGAACCAGAGGAGGGGAUGUCCACCAGUCCACAGGCGGCCAUCUUGGCCAUGGAGCAGCAGCAGAGCAGGGCGGAGCUGCGGUUGGAGGCGCUCCAUCAGAUCGUGGUGCUGAUCUCCGGCAUGGAGGAGAAAGGCAGCCAGCCGGAGAGCGCCGACCGCUCCAGCGCUGCCUUCCAGUCCUCCUCCCUGCUCACCUCCGUCAGGCUGCAGUUCCUGGCGGGAUGUUUCGGUCUCGGCACCGUUGGCAGCGGAGGUCUGAAGAGGGAGAGCGUGCAGCUGCAUCACUACCAGGAUGGGAUUAAAGCAGCAAAGAGGAGCCUGCAGAUGGAGAUCCAGACGGCCGUCCAUAAAAUCUAUCAGCAGCUGUCGGUCACACUGGAGAGAGCUCUGCAGGCCAACAAGCACCACAUCGAAGCUCAGCAGCGCCUCCUGCUGGUGACUGUGUUUGCGCUCAGCGUUCGCUACCAGCCAGUGGACGUGUCCCUGGCCAUCUCCAGUGGACUUCUCAACGUGCUUUCUCAGCUGUGCGGCACAGAGACCAUGCUGGGCCAGCCCCUGCAGCUGCUGCACAAACCGGGCGUGUCUCAGCUCAGUACGGCCCUGAAGGUGGCCGCCACCCGCCUGCUGCAGAUCCUGGCCAUCAGCACCGGGACCUACGCGGACAAGCUGAGUCCCAAAGUGGUCCAAUCCCUGCUGGACCUGCUGUGCAGCCAACUGAAGAACCUGCUGUCCCAGGCAGGAGGGGGGCGGCUGUCUGUGGGGAAGUACGAGGAAGACGGCAAGCAGGACGACAGCCCUGAAUCCGAGAAGAAGGACUUCAGAGCUCUAAUCAGAAAGCAGCACACUGCAGAGCUCCACCUGGGGGACUUCCUGGUCUUCCUACGGAGGGUGGUCUCCUCCAAGGCCAUCCAGUCCAAGAUGGCUUCUCCCAAAUGGACGGAGGUUCUGCUUAACAUCGCGGUUCAGAAGUGCUGCUCAGGGGUCCCUCUGGUGGGGAACAUGAGAACUCGGCUCCUGGCUCUGCAUGUCCUGGAGGCCGUCCUGCCGGCCUGCGACGUCAACAUGGAGGAAGACCAGCUGUCCCAGGUGGUGGAGCGGCUCUUCUCUCUGCUCUCAGACUGCAUGUGGGAAGCUCCGGUAGCUCAGGCCAAACAUACCAUCCAGAUCAAAGAAAAGGUCCAGGAGCUGAAGCUCCAGGGGGAUGCAGAAGAGGAAGAUGAGAACCUUCCUGUUCAGGAAGUUUCCUUUGACCCGGAGAAGGCUCAGUGCUGCGUGGUGGAGAACGGCCAGGGUCUGACCCACGGCAGCGGAGGGAAAGGUUACGGCCUGGCCUCCACCGGGAUCUCCUCAGGAUGCUACCAGUGGAAGUUCUACAUCGUGAAGGAGAACCGAGGAAACGAGGGAACAUGUGUGGGAGUGUCCAGGUGGCCCGUCCAUGACUUCAACCACCGCACCACGUCCGACAUGUGGCUGUACCGGGCGUACAGCGGAAACCUGUAUCACAACGGGGAGCAGCCGCUGACGCUGAGCAGCUUCACGCAGGGAGACUUCAUCACCUGCGUCCUGGACAUGGAGGCCAGGACCAUCUCCUUUGGCAAGAAUGGGGAGGAGCCCAAACUGGCCUUUGAAGAUGUGGACGCAACAGAGCUUUAUCCCUGCGUGAUGUUCUACAGCAGCAACCCAGGAGAGAAGGUGAAGAUCUGUGACAUGCAGAUGAGGGGAACGCCACGCGACCUCCUCCCCGGCGAUCCCGUCUGCAGCCCCAUGGCCACCGUUCUGGUGGAGGCCACGACCCAGCUGAUCCGCAUUCUGCACCGCACCGACCACUGGACCCAUCGCAUCAACAAGAUCAUGAUCGAGCGGCUGCACAAGAUCAAGCCCUGCUUCAGGGAUGCGGCCAGCGCCUCGGGGGGCAGCGGGGGCCAGAGGCUGAAGAAGAGUCGCUCGGUUCAGAGCCGGGAGGAGCACGACACCCAGAGGGAGAGCCAGGAGACACCCACUAAAACAGAGGAGGACAGGGGGAGGCACGGCCGGCAGCACGGGCUGGGGGAACUGUCUGAGCAGCACCUGAGGAGCCUGUGCACAGACGUGUGGCCGGUGCUGGCCGUGAUCGGCGGGGCGGACGCCGGGCUCCGGGUGGGAGGCAGGUGUGUGCACAGACAAACCGGGAGACAUGCCACCCUGCUGGGAGUGGUGAAGGAGGGCAGCAGCUCGGCGAAGGUCCAGUGGGACGAGGCUGAGAUCACCAUCAGCUUCCCAACUUUUUGGUCGCCUAGUGACACUCCGCUCUACAACUUGGAGCCCUGUGAGCCGCUGCCAUUUGACGUCGGACGACUGCGGGGCCUCACCGCGUCGCUGUUGUUAGACCUCACCUACCUGACCAGCAUCCACGAGGAGACCGCCACCAAACUCGGCACAAGGCGCCACGAGAAGAAGCACCGCAACGCUGCCUCUGUGGGGCACGAGCCGAUCGGCACAGAGGACAAGCCGGAUGGCGAGGGCCAUGGCCGCAUGGAUCAGAGGGCGAGUAAUGGAGCCGCUGUCGCGGUCUCCUCUGAGCUGAGGGUGUCUCACAGCCUGGAGGAGGUCAAAGCUCACCUGGCGCCAAACUCCAAGUCUGAGAGCGAAAUCUCGUCUGUGGCUGGGGGCGGGAACGAAACCCUCUUCAGUUCAACUCCUAAUGCUGAGGGGGGCAGGAAGAAAGGCCACGAGCACGGCUCCAGAAGCCACGAGCCGGCCGCCAUUAGCACGCAGUCCGAGAUCCACGCCGUGCAGCUGUCCUACCUCUACCUGGGAGCCAUGAAGACCCUGAGUGCUCUGCUGAGCUGCAGCAAGUAUGCAGAGCUGCUCCUCAUCCCCAAGGUGUUACCAGAAUCAGCUCCCAGCGGCCAUAACGCCGAUCUGAACGCCGGCGCCCCCAGCAGCGCCGCGCCCACCUCGCCCGUCUGCCAGGAGGAGGUGGAUAUGCGGGCCGCCCUGCAGUUUCUGAUGCGCCACAUGGUGAAGCGCGCUGUGAUGCGCUCCCCCAUCAAGCGGGCCCUGGGCCUGGCGGAUCUGGAGAGAGCGCAGGCCAUGAUCUACAAACUGGUGGUGAACGGGCUGCUGGAAGAGCCCAGCGGGGGAAAGACCAAGCUGGGAGUGAGGAGUGACCCUGAGGGGGAGGUCCCUGAGGGGGAGCAGCUGGCUCAGACCCCCAUCACCACCAGCCCCUCAGCCUCCAGCACCACCUCCUUCAUGAGCUCCUCCCUGGAGGACACCACCACGGCCACCACGCCCGUCACCGACACGGAGACCGUCCCUGCCUCCGAGUCUCCUGGCGUCAUGCCGCUCAGCCUCCUCAGGCAAAUGUUCUCCAGCUACCCCACCACCACCCUGGUCCCGACCCGGCGAGCCCAGACUCCGCCCGUGUCUUCUCUGCCGACGUCUCCGUCAGACGAGGUGGGCCGCAGGCAGAGCCUCACCUCUCCAGACUCCCAGCCCAGCAGGCCUCAGAACCGAGCCGGAACAUCUCUGUCAGACCCCAGCAGCAGGCUGUCCACCUCCCCCCCACCACCGGCCAUCGCCGUGCCUCUGCUGGAGAUGGGCUUCACCCUGCGUCAGAUCUCUAAAGCUCUGGAAGCCACAGGUGCUCGAGGAGAAGCGGACGCCCAGAAUAUCACGGUGCUCGCCAUGUGGAUGAUCGAACAUCCUGGCACAGACGACGAGCGGGACGAGCCCCACGCCAGAAACAGCACGCUUGGAGGCGACGGCUCCGACUCCUCCUGUCCAGGAGCAACGGCGUCCGCUGGAGGAAAAUCCUUGGAGAGGAACUCGUACCUGUGUUCUCCUGCAGACGUUGCCGGCGCUGAUGCGUCAGAGAUGGAGGAGGGCUUCAGUGAGAGUCCUGAAGGUCUGGAGCAGGACAGCGCAUCGGCAUCCAGUGGCGCCCCCAUCGGUAGACGCUCUGCAGCUGGACGCAAGCACCGCUUUGACCUGGCUGCACGCACUCUGCUGGCACGCGCUGCCGGGCUGUACCGCUCGGUUCAGGCCCACCACAGCCAGUCCCGUCGGGACGUCUCUGCUCUGCAGCAGCAGCAGCAGGAUCCCGGUGCCUUAUAUGACUUCAACCUGGACGAGGAGCUGGAGAUGGACCUGGACGAGGAGACCAUGGAGGCCAUGUUUGGCCAGGACCUAGCCAGCGACACGGACAUUCUGGGAAUGUGGAUCCCGGAGGUACUGGACUGGCCAACAUGGCACGUCUGUGAGGCCGACGACCGCGACGAGGUGGUGGUGUGCGAGCUGUGCGAGGCCAACGUGGCCAACUUCAACCAGCACAUGAAGAAGAGCCAUCCCGGCUGCGGGCGCAGCGCCAACCGGCAGGGUUACCGUAGCAACGGCUCGUACGUAGACGGCUGGUUCGGAGGAGAGUGCGGCAGCGGGAACCCGUACUACCUGCUGUGUGGGAGCUGCAGGGAGAAAUACCUGGCCAUCAAGAGCAAGGCCAGAGUCCCCGCCGUGGAGAGGUACAAGGGUCAGGCGCCAGACCUCCUGGGGAAACAGGACAGCGUUUACGAAGAGGACUGGGACAUGCUGGAUGUGGACGAAGACGAGAAGCUGACGGGAGAGGAGGAGUUCGAGCUGUUAUCUGGUCCGUUGGGUCUGAGCGAGCGAAGGAUCGUUCCUGAGCCCGUCCAGUUCCCUGACAGCGACCCCCUGGGGGCCUCCAUCGCCAUGGUGAUGGCCUCCAACAGCAUGGAGGAGACACUGCUGCAGAUAGGAUGUCAGACCUCGGUGGAUAAGAGCUCCUCAGGCAGGAUGACACUGGGCGAGCAGGCCGCCGCCCUCCUGAACCCCCACGACCGCGUCAUGGCGCUGAGGAGGGUGACGGCUGCAGCUCAGGUGCUGCUGGCCAGGACCAUGGUGAUGAGGGCGCUGUCCCUGCUGUCUGUCAGCGGGUCCAGCUGCAGCCUGGCUGCAGGACUCGAGUCCCUCGGCCUAACAGACAUCAGGACUCUGGUCCGACUCAUGUGCCUUGCCGCUGCGGGUCGAGCCGGCCUCUCCACCAGUCCGGCAGCGGGUCCGGGCCACUUGGAAAGGCCCCGGGGGACAAGCAAGGCCAGCAAACCCAUCUCCUGUCUGGCCUACCUGAGCACAGCCGUGGGCUGCCUGGCCUCCAACAGCCCCAACGCCGCCAAGCUGCUGGUGCAGCUCUGCACACAGAAUCUGAUCUCUGCAGCCACCGGCAUGAACCUGACCACGGUGGAUGACCCCAUCCAGAGGAAGUUCCUGCCCAGCUUCCUGCGCGGCGUGGCCGAGGAGAACAAGCUCAUCACAUCCCCGAACUUUGUGGUGACGCAGGCCCUGGUGGCCCUUUUGGCCGACAAGGGGGCCAGGCUGCGGCCGGUCUACGACAAGGCCGACCUGGAGAAAAGAGGCCCUCUGGAGCUGGCCAACGCUCUGGCGGCCUGCUGCCUGUCAUCCAGGCUGUCCUCUCAGCACCGUCAGUGGGCAGCCCAGCAGCUGGUCCGCACGCUGGCGGCCCACGACCGCGACAACAACCAGAGCCGUCCGCAGACCUUCGCUGACAUGGCGGGGGACCUGCGGAAGUGCUCCUUCAUCAAGCUGGAAGCCCACCAGAGCAGGGUCAUCACCUGCAGCUGGUGCAGCAAGAAAGGCCUGCUGGCUACCAGCGGCAACGACGGGACGGUCCGAGUGUGGAACGUGACGAAGAGCCAGUACACGCUGCAGCAGACCUGCGUCUUCAACAAGGAUGAUGGCUCCUCGGAGGACGGGAUGUCCGGUCUGGGCUCCCCCAGCGACCCCUGCCUGUCCCCUCUGGCUUGGAGUGUGACUGGAAGAUAUCUGGCAUCAGCCAUGGAGAAAAUGGUCAACAUCUGGCAAGUUAACGGCGGUAAAGGCCUCCUGGACGUCCAGCCUCACUGGGUGUCAGCGCUGGCGUGGCCGGAAGAGGAGGCGGAGUCUUUGUGGUGCGGGGAGCCCAAAGAUAUGCUGCUGGUGGGUCGGAUGGAUGGAUCUCUGGGUCUCAUAGAGGUUCUGGAUGCAGCGGACAUGCACCGUGUGGAGCUGGAGCACUGCUACAGGAAGGAUGUGGCAGUGAUGCACAUCGCCUGGUUCAGAGAGGACCGACCGUUCGCCGUGGGCUACGCCGACGGAAAGCUGCUGAUCGGGUCCAAAGAGCCGUUGGAGAAAGGAGCCAUCGUGGUCAUCGACGCGCACAAGGAGUCCAUCACCAGUAUGAAGUGGAGCCCAAACGGCCAAAUCUUACUGACCUGCGCUAAGGAGGAGACCGUGAAGCUGUGGGCGGCCUGGGACUGCGAUUCGGGUCGCGGUUCCGGCUGGAGCUGCCUGCAAAGUCCGCGACAUCCGUCCCUGGUUAACAGCGUGGCCUGGUGCGGUCUGUCCGGACGCGGGCCGCAGCCCCUCAGCAUGCUCGCCAUAUGCUGCCAGAAUGGCCUGGUCUCUGUCUGGACCGUCCCUCAGGAAAUCCGCCGCUUCCCGGAAGCCUGUAUGUCUGAUUCAGAGGGAGUGUGGGAGCACGGCAGCAAACCUAAAGCAAUGUCGUCCCAGUGGUCUGAGGGUAGAGCCGUGUGCGUCUUCCGGCUGAAAGGACACAUCACUCCUGUGCGGACAUUGGCCUUCAGUCCAGAUGGUCUGGCUCUGGCGUCUGGAGGUGUUGGAGGCCUCAUGAACAUCUGGUCCCUUCGGGACGGAUCCGUCCUGCAGACAGUGGUCGCCGGCUCAGGAGCCAUCCAGAACAUUGUGUGGAUCCCAGAUGUCGGCGUGGCCGUCUGCUCCAACAGGUCCAAGGACGUUCUGGUCGUUAACUGCUCCAAAGAGUUCAUGGCGUCCAACCACGUGCUGGCCACCUGCCGCAUGGCGCUGAAGAAGCAGGGCGUGGUGGGCCUCAACAUGGCGCCCUGCAUGAGGGCGUUCCUGGAGAGACUGCCGGUGAUGCUGCAGGAGCAGUACACCUAUGAGAAGCCUCAUGUAGUCUGUGGAGAGCAGCUGGUCCACAGCCCCUACAUGCAGUGUUUGGCCUCGCUGGCCGUGGGCCUCCAUCUGGACCAGCUGCUGUGCCGCCCCCCCGUCCCGCCUCACCUCCGGCGCUGUCCCCCAGAAUCCGGUACUGCUGUCUGGACCGCCAGCGAAUGGUCCUGGCUGGAUGGCUUCUCCACCACUAUCAAGGCGGCCGAGGCCCUCGCCCGUCGAGCCACGUUCCCCGACUCCUUCUGCGUUCCCGACCUGGAGCCGGUUCCCAAGGAGGAUAUGGUUCUGGUGAUGGACAACGGGAAAUGGGCGUCUGGGAUGGACGAGCAGAUCAUGUCCUGGGCCACGACCAGACCUGAGGACUGGCACCUGGGGGGGAAAUGUGACGUCUUCCUUUGGGGAGCAGGUCGGCACGGCCAGCUGGCCGAGGCCGGCAGAAACCUCCUGGUUCCGACCACUGCCCCGUCGUUCUCACAGGCCCAGCAGGUGGUGUGUGGCCAAAAUUGCACCUUUGUGAUUCAGCCCAACGGGUCGGUUCUGGCCUGCGGAGAGGGCAGCUACGGCCGCCUGGGUCAGGGGAACUCUGACGACCUGCACGUCCUGACCAUCAUCUCUGCCCUCCAAGGGUUCGUGGUGACCCAGCUGGUGACGUCAUGUGGCAGCGACGGCCACUCGAUGGCGCUGACAGAGAGUGGCGAGGUCUUCAGCUGGGGGGACGGAGACUAUGGCAAGCUUGGCCAUGGGAACAGCGACCGGCAGCGCCGCCCGCGGCAAAUCGAGGCGUUGCAGGGGGAGGAGGUGGUUCAGAUGUCCUGUGGGUUCAAACACUCGGCCGUGGUGACUGCCGAUGGGAAGCUGUUCACCUUUGGGAACGGCGACUACGGCCGCUUGGGGCUGGGAAACACGUCCAACAAGAAGCUUCCGGAGAAGGUGGCGGCUCUGGACGGGUACCAGGUUGGACAGGUGGCCUGCGGUCUAAACCAUACGUUGGUGGUCUCUGCUGACGGGGCAAUGGUUUGGGCCUUCGGUGACGGCGACUACGGCAAACUGGGACUGGGGAAUUCCACGGCCAAGUCUUCUCCUCAGAAGGUGGAGGUUCUGUGUGGCGUCGGGAUCAAGAAGGUGGCCUGUGGAACCCAGUUUUCCGUGGCGCUGACCAAAGAUGGCAAAGUUUUCACCUUCGGCCAAGACCGCCUCAUCGGGUUGCCAGAAGGCCGAGCUCGGAACCACAACCGACCCCAGCAGGUGCCGGCGCUGUCAGGGAUCCACAUCCAGCAUGUGGCGGUCGGAGCCGAACACACACUGGUUCUGUCGUCCGGCGGAGACGUUUACGCCUGGGGCAGCAACUCCGAGGGACAGCUGGGUCUGGGCCACACCAACCACGUCAGAGAACCAACGCUGGUGACAGCGCUGCAGGGAAAGAACAUCAACCAAAUCUCUGCUGGACGCUGUCAUAGCGCCGCCUGGACAGCUCCCUGCGUGCCGCCGCGGGCGCCAGGGUCGUCGGUUCCGCUCCAGCUGGGGCUGCCGCUGGCGGUGCCCCCUCAGUACAGCGGGCUGAAGGAGGUGAGCAUGGAGGCGGUCCGCGCCCGGCUCCGCCUCCUCUACCACUUCUCGGACCUCAUGUACUCAUCAUGGAGGCUGCUGAACCUCAGCCCCAACUACCAGAGCUGCACCUCCCACUACAACGCCGGGACCUGGGGAAUCGUCCAGGGCCAGCUGAGGCCCCUGUUGGCCCCCCGGGUCUACACCCUGCCCAUGGUCCGCUCCAUCGGUAAGACCAUGGUCCAGGGGAAGAACUACGGACCCCAGAUCACCGUCAAACGGAUCUCUACUCGUGGCCGUAAAUGUAAGCCCAUCUUCGUCCAGAUCGCACGGCAGGUGGUGAAGCUGAACGCCUCGGACCUGCGGCUGCCAUCCCGGGCCUGGAAGGUGAAGCUGGUGGGGGAGGGGGCGGACGACGCGGGGGGCGUGUUUGACGACACCAUCACAGAGAUGUGUCAGGAGCUGGAGACGGGCGUGGUGGACCUGCUGAUCCCAUCGCCUAACGCCACCGCAGAGGUCGGCUACAACAGAGACAGGUUCCUGUUCAACCCGUCCGCCUGCCUGGAGGAGCACAUGCUCCAGUUCAAGUUUCUGGGCAUCCUGAUGGGCGUGGCCAUCAGAACCAAGAAGCCUCUAGACCUGCACCUGGCGCCGCUGGUCUGGAAGCAGCUGUGCUGCAUCCCGCUGCAGCUGGAGGACCUGGAGGAAGUGGACCUGCUCUACGUCCAGACGCUGAAGAGCAUCCUUCACAUUGAAGACAGCGGCAUCACCGAGGACAGCUUCCACGAGAUGAUUCCUCUGGAUUCUUUCGUGGGGCAGAGCGCAGACGGGAAGAUGGUUCCCAUCAUUCCUGGAGGAACCAGCAUCCCGCUCACGUUCUCCAACAGGAAGGAGUAUGUGGAGCGAGCCAUCGAGUACCGGCUGCACGAGAUCGACCGACAGGUGGCGGCGGUCCGUGAGGGAAUGUCGUGGAUCGUUCCGGUGCCGCUGCUGUCCCUCCUCACGGCCAAGCAGCUGGAGCAGAUGGUGUGCGGCAUGCCGGAGAUCUGCUGCGACGUUCUGAAGAAGGUGGUCCGGUACCGGGAGGUGGACGAGCAGCACUCUCUGGUCCAGUGGUUCUGGCAGACGCUGGAGGAGUUCUCCAACGAGGAGCGGGUGCUCUUCAUGCGCUUCGUGUCCGGGCGCUCCAGGCUUCCCGCCAACACGGCCGACAUCUCCCAGAGGUUCCAGAUCAUGAGGGUGGACCGGCCCUACGACAGCCUCCCCACCUCCCAGACCUGCUUCUUCCAGCUCCGCCUGCCGCCGUACUCCAGCCAGGCUGUCAUGGCCGAGCGGCUGCGCUACGCCAUCAACAACUGCCGCUCCAUCGACAUGGACAACUACAUGCUGUCCCGUAACGUGGACAAUGCCGAGGGCUCCGACACGGACUACUGACCUGCGCCUGCGCCGCGCCUGCCAUGGCGAACUCUUUUACAUCCCUUUGAACCUUCAUUUCUCUCUCUGGUUCAUUUGUUUUUAUUGUGAAAAUCCACAGGAAGUGCAUCGCAUUUGGUUUCCUUCCACAGAGCCGCGUUGGGACGCUGUACAGGACAUCUGAGAGCAGCGGCGCUCAAGUUGUACAUUGUGUAAAAUGCUUCGUUAGGAAAAUGUUUGGCAUUGUUUCCAUAUUUAUUGUUUUGGUUGGCCGCAGCAAGUUUCCCAAAGCAAACAAACAAAAAAAACAAACAAUAAAGAUGCUGCAGAACUGAUCUGUGAUCUGUUUGAAACAAAGAUGCUGCAGAGAAGCGGCGCCGGUUUGUCCAUCGACCCGGUUCAUCUAGCGUCUAACGGUGCGUUCAGGUGGAGCUGCUUUAACCAACAACCUGCAGGAUAGAAAACCAAC